UAAAAGUUUGCAGCAGGCCCUUUCAGAAGGUGUAGCCUGGAGUGCGGUAUCUUGCCCGAGGGUGAUGCACAUCGUUAGCAUGCCGAUGUGCGCUGUCCGUAUUGUCAGGAUGCAAAUGAAGUGGUUGUUCCACCUGUGAACUCCGAAGCAAGAAGGUGGCCUUUCAACUGUGUUACCGCACGCCUCAAGCACCCGGUGGACGAAAGGGGGGACGAUUCUUCAUGUCAACAAGUUCUUCUAGCAUCGCGGGGCAACUCUUCGUACGCUUCUGUUCUCAAAUGGGCCUCAAAAUCAAUUGAAAGCAAUUAAGCACGAUGUGGGACACAGAUGAGCAGCUCGUCAUUGAGCAACAGAGAGUUGGGAAUGGGGUGCAGUCCACAGUGCAGGGCUGGAUGAACGGUGGUCUGACAAACGGAACAGAGAAGUACACCAAGGAUGGCAAGAGGAUCGUGGCAGAGGAGGAAUGGUUUUAUGAUGAUGGAAAAUGGGUGCACAUCUGGAUAUAUGAAGACCAGGUCUUUGAAGUGGAAGAUGCCAAAUCCAGGCUGGAGUUUGAAGCAGCUUCCAAGGAAUUGAAGAAGACAACUAAAGUUAUAGAGGAGACAGUGGUUAAGGAAAAGGAAGUUGAGGAAGAGAUUAAGGGUCCUGGCAUGCGGAUCAUCAUCAAAGGACCAUUCCGACUGCAGCGAGCACCUCCCAAGCCUGGCAUCAAAUGGAAGAAGAAAGUAGAAGAGGUACUGGGCCUGGAGCCCAGGGUGUGGGAGGCAGUGGUAGCAGGAGCGUUAAAGCAUGGGACAGAGAGUGAUUUGGGGCCUUGUAGCUCGGCAGUGCUUGAACCAGAGGUGGUAGAUGUAGAUGCUUUAGUAGUUGAAAGUGACUCAGAGUCUGCAAUCCCAGUGGUGUUGGAACAGGUGCAAGCUGGUAGUGGUGAUGAUGUAGAUGAGGCAAUGGUGUCAGCAGGACCAGUGGAGGAUUCUGUGAUGCCAUUGCCAGAGGGGAAAGUCAAGGUGCCAACAUGGCUAGAGAGCGUUUGGAGCAGUGGGUAUGGGCAGCUUGCAGAGGUCAAAAAGGAACUGAAAACAAUAGAGGUCCUGGAAGAGUCAGACUCAGGCAUUGAGAGCACACCUACGCAUGAGGUCAGGAAACUCAAACAGAUCCAAUAUGGCAUCGGUCGCGAGGAAAAGCAACUGGGCAACACAAAGAUUGCCGCAGCACAAUUUGAGAAGGCCAUCCCGGUUUCCCAAACGACGGAAGAGAAGUUCGUCAGACCGUCAGUACAGCAAGUCCAGACAGAAGACGCAGUAUACAACCAGGGCACAGAGGAGACGCUGAAGCUAGCAUUAGAAAGUACCCGCACAAGUGUGGACUCCUCUACUGCCAACUUUACCCGGCCACAGUACAGCAAUGUCGUCCAACAGCUCUUUCAACCUAAGAAGACGACUACAGAGAGCCAAGAUCCCAGCUAUAACAGGGGAGUCGCGGGAACUGUCUCCACACAAGAGGAGAAGAUCACAGGAGACAUAGAGAGCUUCGAGUUUCAGAAGGUGAAUUAUGAGUACAUAGACGUGACGAAAAACAGGGCACAAGAAUCCAUAACAAGAAGUCUAGACCCCAAUUACAACAACGGAGUGGAGGAGGAGAUCAAAAUAGCGCUGGGUGAACUGCAAGGAGUCAUCCCAGGUCUUGUGUACACAAAACCCUGCUACGAAGUGCUCAAACAGGACCAGAGCAAGGCAUUUGUUAGUCAAGUGCGCAGCGAAUCUCCUGUGUUCAUAGAAGCUGGCGAGGGGCAGACAAAGAUACGUGCAGUCGGUAACGUCUCCGAAAUACCCCCGAUCAAAUGGCACCAAGCAGCGGUGGGAAAACCUGGCCCAGCGCUGUCAACGGCGAAGACAUCCGUGGUCAAAACCGAGAGGGCGUAUCACAAGGGGAAACAAGAGGAGACAUUUGUUGAGGCGGAAGAAGUGAAAGACAACAUUAAGAAGUUGUCGUACUCGAAAGCAGCUGUGGAAGAAACAAAGAAGCUACCUUCAGUCAAGCCGGAGGUGUUCCAAGCAGAGAUAAUUAGUGCGAAAUACCUGGAAGCCAAAGAGGCAAAAACGGAAUUGAAGCUGGGAGAGGUUAAAGAUAACAUUGAAAAGUUCACUUACUCAAAAGCUACCAUCAAACAAACAGAAAAGCUGAGAUCGAUUAAGCCGGAGGUGUUUCAACAGACCAGUCAGGAGCCACAAUUCAUACAAGCCAAGGAGACGAAACGAGAGUUGAAACUGAAGGCCACACUUGAGGAAAUACCAGCCUUUAAGUAUCAAAAUUCACCCAUAACAAAAGUCCCGAAGGUGCCAUUCCAUAUGGUGGUGAAGAGUUCUGUGGAUGUUUGUGUACCUUUAUACCGUGCAGAAGAAGGAAACGUCACAGUUGAACCUGAAGAAGUUGACGGUGAGCUGGAGCCUUUAGACUUCAAGAAGACCACAUUUGAACCGCUUAAACAAGUGGUCUGGAAGCACAACACAGAUCAGGUGUCGUCCGUCGAUGCGAAAUACCUCAGUGGCGAAGAGAAGGAAAUCACUCUGGAAAAAGAAGAACUUGGUGCAGCAAUUGAGCCAUACAAGAUCGAAUCCUGCACCUACUCUACAGUUUCCCAGGAGAUGCACACGCCCAACUCAGAGGAAGUUGAGACGGCAGCUCCCAGUUACCACCAGGCCACGGAAGAAGAGGUCGUGGUGACUGCAGAGCAGACUAGGAAGGGCGAACCACCUAUUCCAUGGGACAAGACGGCAAUAGAGAACAUAGAAGUGGUGCUGUCGUCUGCCACCUCAGAUAUAGCAGAAUCAAACGAAUCAGCGUAUCUCGAAGCAGAAGAGGCCGAAGAGCACGUCACUUCCGAGGAAGCAGGAACCUUUGAAGGUGUCGCCAUGCAAACGCCAACUUACGAAGUGAUAGAGAAUCUUGGAGGCAAGGUUGAGAACGUGACACUCCAGAAGACAGAAGCUCCACAGUACAACCAAGCAGUUGAGAACACACUGGAAAAGCUGGAAUUGGAGAGAGUUCAUAGAACUCAGCCCCCAAUCAUCGAACGGGCGGAAGUCGACAUUAUAGAGGUAGACAAAGCUGCUCACGUAUACGUCAAUCAGCCAGAGGUUAUACAGGUCCCUGUGCCUAUACAUACUGCCGUAGAGGGGGAUCUGCCGAAAUGGGAGGUUUGUGAAGAUGUUGAGUUCGAAGAAUUGAAGCUCUUGAAAGCGACGCCAAAGAUUGCCCUGGGACAGGUAUCCAAGGCAAAGGGAAGUCAGCCAGACGUACAGUUUGCAGACGAACCAUCCCCCGUCAUAACGGAUGAGGUGUACCAAGUAAAGAGACCCAUCUCUCCAACUCCAAGAGGAAACUUCAAAGUCAAUGAAAAGUUACUAGAGCUGGUGCUGGGAGAGACAGAGGAAAUUCCACAGAUAGAGAUGAAUUCAUUAGAGGAGAGCCUAGUCCCAGAAGCCGAGGAAGCUAAGGCCGACAGCACCGAGUUACAGACCCUGUACAUGGACAUCAAGUUCGCAGACGAAAAUCAGUAUGAUCUUCAACUCGACGAAGUCGUGGAUCUAGAGGAGUCAUACACCAUGGACACGGCUGACAUCAGUCUGGCUGACAUGGACGCUUUCGGAAAGGUAGAGGUGGCGGUUCUCCAAAUGAAGAAAAUAGAUCUCCCCAUGCUUGAAUUCCACGAAGAGCUGGAGCAGAUCACAGUGGCAGACGUUAAUCUUUCUCCUAUCGUGAUUUCUCCAAAGCCAAAACAGUUACGUGCUGAGUACCACGUAGAGGAGGCAGAAGAUUACCCUGACUAUGCACUGUCCCUACAAGCGGUCCCACGGUCUCUGCUGAAAGAAGCGCAUGAAGAUAGCAUCCAGGUGACCCCGGAAGGCGUGCUUGAAGUGCCAGAAUUAAGUUACAGUGAUUCCAAGGAAGUGGCAGUGCCUGAGAUGGAAACUCAAGUCGCAGAAAAAACAGUUGUUGACACGUUCAAGGCACCUAAAAUUCACCACGGGCAAGAGUACGUGGAGACUGUUCGGCCCGAGGAGUCAGAGCCACUUGCCGAGGUGACAAACACCUCCGCAACGUCUGGGGAGGUGGAUAUAUUGGAAAUGUGGAAGGCACUUGUCCAAGAAUCUAAGGUAGAGCUACAUACCUUACAGGCACAGGAGACUAACAUCAACAUGAUAGGGUUGGAAGUGAUCUCUGAUAUCACUCCACUGUCACCGGAUAUUGCAAAGGAAUUUGAUGUACCUGUUGAGUCUUUCAUUCAUGUUGAGGAGGCUCCUAAAACAGAAACGUCAGUCGACGUUCCCCUACCAGAGCUGAAGCACUCCCAAGAGGCUAUUCUUUUACUAAAAGAACAUGAAAUCGUCAACGUACCCCGCAAGAAGGAGACUGAAGGAAAGGCCACGGUUCUCGCUGUGCCGACGCAACGCCUAGAAAACGUUCAGUCGUCAAAGCCUGAGAUUAUGCAAGCUCAGAACUUUGCAGAGGAGCAUAUCAUCGACACAAGACAGGAGUACAUCUACAUCAUUCCACCUUCUGGUAACGAGGACGCGCAAGUCACAACGCUUCCAAGAAUUGACAUGGACAAAGCUCAUGCACAGUCGUCCAGAAUGGAGCAGUUUCCCGAAGAGCACACCAUCGACCUGCAAGAGGAGGUCGUCCUUACAAUUGAUCCCUCCUCUCGGACCGACAUUGCAAGCUCCUCCAUGCUACCGCAGGAUCAAAUGGACCGUGCAAACGCGCAACGCUACAGGAUUCAUCAACUAGCCACUGAACAGGUGAUUGACAUGAAAGAACAAAGGGUAAUCGUGAUAGAACCUCCCGAGCAUACGACAGCGGACACGUCCUCUCUCCCACACCUAGAGAUGGACCGUGCCCGGGCAGAGCGGUACAGGAUCCAACAGUUAGCACAAGAAGGGGUGGAUAAUUUGGAGGAACAGGAGGUUGACACAAUUCAGCCCCACACAUCGGAUGCAGCCAGGAGAUCCACGCUUCCACACGUGGAUAUGGAUAAGGCUCGUGCAGAACGAUAUAGAACGCAUCAGAUGGCUCAAGAGGCGUCGGUCGAUUUUAAAGAGCUCCAACUUGACACAAUACAGCCGCAUUCGUCGGACGCGGCCAGGGAGUCCACGCUUCCAAACAUGGAAAUGGACCGUGCUCGUGCGGAGCGCUACAGAAUCCAACAGAUGGCCCAAGAGGGGUCGGUUGAUUUGAAGGAGCGAAGCGUUACUUGGAUAGAUCACCACACAUCGGAUGCGGCGAGACGUUCCACACUUCCACACGUGGAGAUGGAUCAAGCUCACACAGAACGCUACAGGAUCCAGCAACUGGCCAGUGAACACGUCAUUGACAUCAAAGAGCAAAGGGUAAUCGUGAUAGAACCACCUGAGCCUACGACAGCUGGCACGUCCUCUCUCCCACACUUAGAAAUGGACCGUGCCCUGGCAGAGCGCUACAGGAUCCAACAGUUAGCACAAGAAGGUGUGGAGGAUUUGGAGGAGCAGAGGGUUGACACAAUACAUCCCCACACAUCGGAUGCGGCAAGGAGAUCCACGCUUCCACACGUGGAGAUGGACCAGGCCCGGGCAGAACGCUACAGGAUCCAGCAGUUAGCCCAAGAAGGAAGUGUCGAUAUCAAAGAGCAACAGGUCACCUGGAUAGAUCCACACACAUCAGAUGAAGCCAGAAGAUCCACACUACCACACUUGGAACUGGAUCAAGCUAGGGCAGAACGCUACAGGAUCCAGCAGUUAGCCCAAGAGGGAAGUGUUGAUGUAAAAGAGCAUUCACUCGGCACAAUACAACCCCACACAUCGGAUGCAGCCAGAAGGUCCACACUUCCACACUUGGAAAUGGAUCACGCCCGAGCAGAGCAUUACAGGAUUCACCAGUUAGCCCAAGAGGGAAGUUACGAUAAGGAACAUUCACUCGGUACAAUACAACCCCACACAUCGGAUGCAGCCAGGAGGUCCACACUUCCGCACUUGGAAAUGGAUCAAGCUAGAACAGAACGCUACAGGAUCCAGCAGUUAGCCCAAGAGGGAAGUUAUGAUAUCAAAGAGCAACAUGUCAACUGGAUAGAUCCCCACACAUCGGAUGCAGCCAGAAGGUCCACACUUCCACAUGUGGAGAUGGAUCAAGCUAGGGCAGAACGCUACAGGAUCCAGCAGUUAGCCCAAGAAGGAAGUUACGAUAUCAAAGAACAUUCACUCGGCACAAUACAGCCCCACACAUCGGAUGCAGCCAGGAGAUCCACACUUCCACAUGUGGAGAUGGACCAGGCUCAGGCUGAACACUACAGGAUCCAGCAGUUAGCUCGGGAAGGAAGUUAUGAUAUCAGAGAACAUUCAGUCGGCACAAUACAGCCCCACACAUCAGAUGCAGCCAGGAGGUCCACACUUCCAUACUUAGAGCUGGAUAGAGCCCGUGCUGAGCGAUACAGAAUUCACCAAUUAGGGCGUGAAGAAGUACUCCAUACUAGGGAGGCAUAUGUCGAUAGUAUUCCAUCAACAUCUCACCAUCAUCAUGGGAGGGUCAUCAUGGUCGAUGCAUAUCCCGUGCACAUGAUGAGACCAAAACCAACCGUGUGGACCGAGAUUCCCGCGCCAAGGGUCCGGAACCCACCACGGGAGACUGUCGUCAAUUCUUCCGCGAGGAACGUCAUCGGGGUUAUUCCACCUCUGGCCACGGACGCCGCCAGGCAAGGUUCUAUACCUGCUGAGGUUUUGGAGAAGGUACAGGAGCAACUCGUGGAGAGUCACCAAGCGCCCGCUGACGAGGGAAGCAUCCAUGAAAGGGUGGAAAUAACAUCGGUCAUCCCUCCUCUCCCGGCGGAUAUUGCUCACAAAGCGGAGACGCCAGCAGAGGUCUUCCGCAGGGUACACUCGCACCAUGUUCACAGUCAUCACGCGUACACAGGCCAGGAGACGAACCUGGCUGAGGUAGUGGAGGCACAAGAGCCGCUUCCUCCCUUGGAGACCCGCACGUCUAUGUGGCGACUUGUCCCGGGGCACGAAACAGCGAGGGCCAGUUCGACAAGCAAGGAGUCUCACUACAUGCCGGAGACGGAGGUUGCCAACGGGCUCAUCCCCGCUGUCGAGCGAAGGGUGCCCGCCCAACACGUUGUCACCUCCGAUGAGUUCCACAGGGCAGACGCCUCCACGCUACACAGCAGCUGGGUUCCGGCGGAGAUCCAGGUUGUGGGAGAGCUGGACACCCUGAUGCAGCAGGGCAUCAUCCGGUUCAACCCUCUCAGUCAGCUAGUCGAAAACGGUGUCGAUGUACCCGACUUGCAUGAUUACGACGAAAUGUUCAAGGUCAAACAGCAUAGUGGGAUAAGGAGAUCGUCUUCGUUACAACAUCCAGUCAACACCAGGCCUCUUCGGCAGAUAGAAAGCUUCAAGGUUGGCCAUAUCCCUCUAGUUGGCUAUCCGACCAAGCAGUGGCCUUCAGCGCAACAGCUUGCUUCGGGAGCGGUGGAAGACAGAGGUGAUGACGACUUCGACUACGAGAAGAUAAUCAGGAUGACAACAGGUGGCAAACACGAAGUCAGUGAAGACCAGCUGCCCAAAUCAGGAUGGUCUACCGUUGAGGUGAAAGGGCAGGACAACGUGGCCGAAAUACAGCAAAGAUCCAUGGAAAGCAUCUACAGCCGCCAAGAUUCCGUUUUCAUAGAUCACAGAAAGCCACAACCUAAGAGCGACAAACCACCUUUUGCCUUCGACUUCAGUCGUCUGAUUCACUGGACGGUUGGUCAGCAGAAUGAGAUAGAGAAGCUGCCGACACAUCCCGGCGCUAACCCACCUCAUCUCGUCCCCGUCAACUUUGACAAGACCACCACAUGGGUUGUUGGGAGCGGAGGAACAGCACCGGAGAAAACAUACGUCAGCGUUGCUGUCCCAGUCAGGGUCAGGAACACCUACUUUGUCGAGGGGCCCGAGGACAGGUCUGACAUUGUCAAGUCACCAGAGGCCACCGUUCUCCACGACCUGCAGGACUGGAAGACUUUGACACGACAGGGAGGAAGGACGGUCUUCUCAGCGAUGAGCGACGAGCAGCAGUACUCCUCUGCUCCGCCAUUCCAAGAUUAUCAUCAGCCCUAUAACGGUGCGUACGGAGACAGCCGUCAGUACAAAAGGCAAGUGUCAGCCGACAGCAGUGCGUCUGGACGUGUCAAACGAAGGGCACCGCAGCCACCCGUUCAGAGGGCAACCAGCCCUGUACAACCUGCGUACGUGUCACCACCACAGUCACCUGUCCAGAGGACAACCAGUCCUUUGUUUCUAACACUACUUACUCCUUUCUCGCUGCUAUCUGCACCAGCUUCUGCGCAUGCUAGGCACGUUCAAUCAGUGCAAAGUGGCUACGCCUCCCCGCCAGAACUUUCCCCUUCCCGUGAGUCUAGAUCCCCGUCCAUACCCCGUCCUCCCAAAGGACCCGCUCCCCAGCCCCCAGCUGCAGCGCCGCUUACCCCGCCUCCAGGUACUGCAGGCACCACGGUACCCAAGGCGCCGAUGGUCAAUGGGAGGCACUCUCCAUCGGAACUAGUCAAUGGGGAUGGGGAUGACUAUAUAGACCUACGACGUGACAGCGAGGUCAGCUCUGUAUCAUCCUAUGGGAGUCAGAAAGCACUGAAGGGACACAAGUCUUCAAAGGGAUAUUUCCCCAUCUUCAGAAGAUCCAGUAGUAAGGAAAGUUUUGGGAAGCGUCCGAGUAUCACUGAUGACAGGUCACCAACUGAACCCAAGAGGAGGUGGCCAAAGAUACAGAUAUAAAAAGAUGAUGUAAA